GAGACAAACAGUAACUCCCCCUCUUACUCUCUCUCUUCUGAAACCCUCACUCCAUGUCUCCCCCUUGUAAUCAGCUCGUUAUCUCGUGAUAAGGCGACCCUCCUCGUUCGACCGCAAGUGGUAUAUCUCUCUCUCUCCCAGCGUGCACCGCCGGCUCCUAGCACAGUCUGUCACCGCAGUCGUUAUAUUCUAGUACGCUGUCUUUUUAACUCAUUUCACAGUUCUUUCUAGUUCUUGUUCUUUAUAAGCUUAAUCAAAGCAGAAGUGCUGAGGGAAGGAAGACACGUUUUAGGAGCGUACAACACAGUUUCCGCGUGCAGACGACCAUGCCUGAAGCGGAGGAACAUUGCACGCUCUCCCCUGAGUUGCAGCGCCUUGCAAGGGAGGAGCUGAACGAGGACCCGAAGCGGCGUGAAAAGGACAUCCAGGCAGUGCGGGAGUGGCUCCAGAAGCAGCCCCACCUCAAUGCUCGCACUGACCGACAACUGAUCCUGCGGUACCUCCGAGGAUGCAAGUUCUCCCUCGAGCGGACGAAAGCCAAGCUGGACAUGUACUACACGUGCAAGGGCGCCCUCCCUGACAUGUUCAAGGGAAGAGAUCCUCAAAACCCGAAACUCAGGAGCAUCAUCAAGCUAGGGCUGAUGUUCCCGCUGCCCGGCUACGACUCCGACGGCCGGAAGAUCAUCUUCGGGCGGCUGGGCGCUUGGGAUCCCUCAAAACACAAACCCGAGGACCUCUUCAAGGCGGCCGGCAUGCUCUUCGACGUGAUGUUCCUCGAGGACGAGCAGAUGACGGUCACGGGCAUCGUCCAGGCCAACGACAUGACGGGACUCACGCUCAAACAUGUGGCCGCACUUCCGCUGCCCCUCAUCAAGCGGGUCUCGACCACCUGGCAGGAAGGUUACCCCUUCCGGCCCAAGGGUGUUCACUACAUCAACACCCCGCAGGCAUUCGAUGCUCUAUUCAACCUCUUUAAGCCUUUGAUGCGGGAGAAAAUGAAGAAGAGAAUCCACAUGCACGGCAGUAACAUUGACGGAAUGUGCAAGUUCUUCCCCCGUGAGAUGCUGCCGUCGGAAUACGGGGGUUCGGCGGGAACCAUCCAGGAAAUUGCAGACUCGUGGCUUCGGAAGAUGGACGAACACCGCGCCUGGUUCCUGGAGGACGAGAGGCACACGGCGGACGAGUCGAGACGCCCCGGCAAGCCCAAGACGACGGCUGAUCUCUUCGGCACCGAGGGCUCCUUCAGGAAACUCGACUUUGACUGAAAUCCUCCUCGGCCCUUCGGUUCCCUAAGUUAACUUAUUGUAAUCUCUCCAUGCAGAGCGCUGUCCCAUGUGCGUGUGUGUGUAUAGUAUGUAUACGUGGGGUAAAUGUGUAUACAUGUGUGUAUGUGUGUAUCCGUGAGCAUCCAUGUGUACGUACGUAUGUGUGUAUACAAACGUGUGGAAGGGUAGGGG